GCAGCGCUGGAUUCAAUCAAGCUCUUCUUCCAUGCUGGUGGAAACGGUUUAAAGAAAGUGUACUUGGAGAAGAGCCCUGAGCUGUCGUCGCUGCGUUAUGCUCUCUCCCUAUACACACAGACCACAGAUGCUCUUAUCAAGGCAUUUGUGACAACACAACAUGCUCAGGUUCAAAAUGGUAUGGGCAUCAGGAUCACCCCCAAGGAGAGUGUUCGACCCGACAGAGGCUCUGGGGUUGAGCGGCCGAUUGGGGGAAGCGGUGAUUCAGCUGGAUUUGUCGCCUCCAGCUGGAAACACUGAGCAGAAACUCAGCGUCCGAGUGAUUGCAGUAAACGACAUGAAAUGGCAGACCUCAGGGAUGUUUCGUCCAUUUGUGGAUGUUAACCUGGUCGGCCCACAGCUUACAGAGAAGAAACGAAAAUUCACAACCAAAUCGAAAAACAACAGCUGGACUGCGAAGUACAACGAGGCCUUUCAAUUUGUGUUGGGUAAAGGCGUGAGUCUGGACUGCUAUGAGAUUCAGAUAACGGUGAAGGAUUAUUGUUUCGGUCGUGCGGAUCGAGUGGUUGGGAUCGCAGUACUGCAGCUGAGAGAUGUAGCAGACCGGAAAAGCUGCGUGUGCUGGUGCCCCUUGGGUCCACGCAUCAACACUGAUGAAACCGGGACCACCGCACUACGAAUCCUCUCGCAGCGCUCGACUGAUGAGGUUGCCAAAGAGUUUGUCAAACUAAAGUCUGAGACCAGACCUGCUGAAGAGGGGAGGUGAAGAUGAAACUCAAGACUGACCUCAUCAGU